AUGGGUGACGCUGGCUCCGCAGAGAACACCUACGAUGUCGUGGUGAUUGGUGCUGGUUGGUAUGGACUUGGCUCAGCCAAAGCAUACAUACAACUUCAUCCAGAUGAGAAGAUUUUGAUUCUCGAGGCAGAGAGCAGCUGCGGUGGAACAUGGUCCAAAGACAGGCUAUACCCUGGCCUGAAGUCCAACAACCUAUGGGGCUCAUACGAGUUCCCAGACUUCCCAAUGGAAGAAAAAGUGUACGGCGUGUCAGAAGGGCAGCAUAUUCCAGCGGCGAUUCUGCACCGCUAUCUUACUGAUUUCGCCAAAAAGUUCGGUGUAUUCGAACGAACACUUUUUGAGACUAAAGUGAAUUCAGUCGAAGCUACGGCAAACGACGAGUGGAUUCUGGAUAUCACAUCAAAGUCUACAACCAAGCAGAAAAUCCAGACAAGAAAACUGAUAGUUGCUACUGGACUGACUUCGCAGCCAAAUAUGCCAUCUUACCCAGGUGAAGAAACAUUCAAACCGCCAUUUUUCCACGCCAAGGAGUUUUGCAAUCGAGCAGAUACUGUUAAGACUUGCAAACAGGCUACAGUUGUAGGAGCGGGAAAAUCUGCUUUUGAUGUCGCAUAUGCAUUUGCCACCGAGGGUAAGGCCCAGGUAAAUCUUAUCAUUCGACCGACAGGCCAAGGACCAGUUUGGAUCUGCCCACCAUAUGUCACGCCUCUGAAACGAAAAAUGGAAGAGCUUCUCUCGACGCGCGCUCUUACAUUUAUGAGUCCAUGCCCGUGGCAGGGCGAAGAUGGUUUCUCUAUGGCGCACAGCUUCCUACACAGAACAGGCUUUGGAAGGUUUAUCGUCAAUAACUUCUGGAACCAAAUCAGCUCUGAAGUUAUUGAGACUCACGGCUACAACGAUGAUCAAGAGGUGUUCAAGUUGAAGCCAUGGAACAGUGCAAUGUGGACAGGGAGCGGUGUGGGCAUUCAUAACUAUCCGACAAACUUUUUUGACCUUGUCAAAGAAGGGAAAAUCAAGGUCCACCUUGCCGAUAUCACAAAGCUGGAUGAAAACACCAUUCAUUUGAGUAACGGCGAGAAGUUCGGUACCGAGGUUUUGAUCUGUGCCACUGGGUGGAAGAAGACCUCAGAAAACUUGAAGUUCCUAAACUACAAUUCUGGACUAUCUCUGGCGACUGCUGAGAUCCAACGCUUCAGUAAGGAAGCCGACAAACAGGUUCACGAAAUGUUCCCUAUCCUCAAGGAUCAACCAGUCCUCCGUGGAGCUCUCAAGGCUGAGGAGCCACUACGGAAUUAUCGUUUCAUAGUUCCUUCAGGUUCUGUCUUUAAGAGAAACAUCGCUUAUGCUGGAAUGGUUUCCACUGUCUGUACUUCCAUAUUCUCGACAAUUCAAGGACUUUGGAUCUCUGCGUUCCUGGAUGGCAAGCUCACGCGCACUCCAAAAACCGAAGACGAGGUGACGAAAGAAGUCAUGCUUCAUACACAGUUCGAGAAAUGGAGGUAUCCUUGUGGUUAUGGUGCCUCUUUACCUGAUUUUGCUUUUGACUCGAUACCCUAUGUCGACCUUCUGAUCAACGAUAUUGGGUUAAAGAACCAUAGAAAGUCAUCCCCAAUACUGGAACUACUGGAAGCUUACAAACCAAAAGACUACAUCGGCUUAGGCGAAGAAUGGAUUGAAGCAAAUGGGAAAAAGUAG